GGCGGGGAGAGGGCGGGGCGCGCGCCAGUUCUCGCGAGACUGAGGACCAGGAAGACGCCUGCAGAGCCGGCUGCUGGUGCAGCGGCCGCUGAAGCGGUGGGUGUUGCUGCGCCCGGACCUCCUACUUCCGAGUCAGGGCUUAGCCUCCAGGUGGGGAGGCGGGACGUGGUUGGGCCGUGGCGGUGUAGGUGCUUCGAGGCCACCGAGGCUCAGUCUCACGCUGCGGCUUGUUGACGCCCGUCAGGGAGGCGCCCACUCUCCUGUCAGGGUAAGAUGGCGGCGAUGGCGCCCGGAGGUGGCGGCGGCGGCGGCGGCGUGAAUCCGUUCCUCAGCGAUUCGGAUGAGGAGGACGACGAGGUAGCGGCGACCGAGGAGCGGCGGGCAGGACUUCGGCUGGGCGCGGGCGUGGGCCUGGACCCCGGCUCAGCGGGCUCGCUGUCGCCCCAGGAUCCCCUGGCCUUAGGGAGCGGCGCGCGGCCGGGGGUCCCGGUGGAGGCGGCGGCGAUGGCCCUGGGGGGCGCCGGGGAGACCCCGGCCCGCCUGUCCAUCGAUGCCAUCGCCGCCCAGCUGUUGCGCGACCAGUACUUGCUGACUGCCCUGGAGCUGCACACGGAACUGUUGGAGAGCGGCCGCGAGCUGCCUCGGCUGCGCGACUACUUCUCCAAUCCAGGCAACUUCGAGAGGCAGAGCGGUACCCCGCCGGGGAUCGGGGCUCCGGGGAUCCCCGGAGCGGCGGGCAUUGGAGGCGCCGGAGGUCGGGAGCCGAGUACGGCGUCGGGCGGGGGACAGCUCAAUCGAGCUGGGAGCAUAAGUACUCUUGAUUCUUUAGACUUUGCAAGAUAUUCAGAUGAUGGUAACAGAGAAACAGAUGAGAGAGUAGCAGUCCUGGAGUUUGAACUACGGAAAGCCAAGGAGACCAUUCAGGCCCUCCGAGCCAACCUGACAAAGGCUGCAGAACAUGAAGUUCCUUUACAGGAACGAAAAAAUUACAAAUCAAGUCCUGAAAUUCAGGAGCCAAUCAAACCUCUUGAAAAGAGAGCUCUAAACUUCUUAGUCAAUGAAUUUUUAUUGAAGAAUAACUACAAGCUUACAUCAAUAACAUUUUCAGAUGAAAACGAUGACCAGGAUUUUGAGUUAUGGGAUGACGUAGGAUUAAAUAUUCCAAAACCUCCAGACUUACUACAACUUUACCGAGAUUUUGGGAAUCACCAAGUGUCUGGGAAAGAUCUUGUUGAUGUAGCCAGUGGAGUGGAAGAAGAUGAACUAGAGGCUCUUACACCAGUUUUAGGCAGCCUUCUUCCUCCUACCCUGAAUACCUCUCAGCCUGAAGAGAACUCCUUGCUAGUACAGGCAUUAGAAGAUAAAAUUAGCUUAUUAAAUAGUGAGAAAUGGUCACUGAUGGAGCAAAUCAGAAGACUUGAAAGCGAAAUGGACUUCCUCAAAAAUGAACGUUUUGCCAUACCUGCAGUUUGUGAUGCUGUUCAACCAUCCUUGGAUCAACCUUGUCCCAAAGACUCUAUGGACAGUGGACAGAGUACAGUUGUUGUAAAUAGUUCUGACCAGGGUAUAAACCAGAAAGCCCAUCUGUCAGUAUCAGAUGUAGUUGAUUCCACUGUUCCUAAAGAAAAUGCCUCAGAUUCUUUUCCCAAGAGAGAAAGAGAAGGAAUUCCAUCUUCUUCUCCAUCGAGUAAAACAACAGUUCACUUUGAUAAGCCCAAUAGGAAACUGUCUCCUGCUUUCCACCAAGCAUUACUCUCUUUUUGUCGAAUGUCAGCAGAUAGUCGUUUAGGAUCAGAGGUGUCUCGGAUUGCAGACAGUGAAAAAAGUGUUAUGUUAAUGUUGGGGCGCUGCCUGCCCCACAUCGUUCCUAAUGUGCUGUUGGCCAAGAGGGAGGAAUUGAUUCCCCUCAUAUUGUGUACAGCAUGCCUACAUCCUGAGCCUAAAGAGAGAGAUCAGCUUCUCCAUAUACUUUUCAACUUGAUCAAAAGACCAGAUGAUGAGCAAAGGCAGAUGAUACUGACAGGUUGUGUGGCAUUUGCUCGUCAUGUUGGACCAACACGUGUGGAAGCUGAACUUUUACCACAGUGUUGGGAACAGAUUAAUCACAAAUACCCAGAAAGACGACUACUUGUAGCGGAAUCCUGUGGGGCAUUGGCACCUUACCUUCCUAAAGAAAUCCGUAGCUCCUUGGUUCUUUCAAUGUUGCAACAGAUGUUAAUGGAAGAUAAGGCUGAUUUGGUAAGAGAAGCUGUGAUCAAAAGCCUUGGUAUCAUUAUGGGAUACAUUGAUGAUCCUGACAAAUAUCAACAGGGUUUUGAAUUAUUGCUGUCAGCUUUGGGUGAUCCCUCAGAAAGAGUAGUUAGUGCAACACAUCAAGUAUUUUUGCCUGCUUAUGCUGCCUGGACUACAGAACUUGGGAAUUUACAGUCUCAUCUCAUACCUACACUACUGAACAAGAUUGAAAAGCUGCUCAGGGAAGGAGAACACGGGCUGGAUGAACAUAAGCUCCACAUGUAUCUUUCUGCCUUGCAGUCCUUGAUCCCAUCUCUCUUUGCAUUAGUGCUACAGAAUGCACCUUUUUCAAGCAAAGCCAAGCUUCAUGGUGAAGUGCCACAGAUAGAAGUGACUAGAUUCCCUCGGCCUAUGUCACCUCUUCAAGAUGUGUCUACAAUUAUUGGAAGCCGUGAGCAGUUGGCGGUGCUACUGCAACUUUAUGAUUACCAGCUAGAACAUGAGGGUACAACAGGCUGGGAGAGUUUACUCUGGGUUGUCAAUCAAUUGUUGCCACAACUUAUAGAAAUAGUUGGCAAAAUUAAUGUUACUUCAACUGCCUGUGUCCAUGAAUUUUCCAGAUUUUUCUGGCGCCUUUGCCGGACCUUUGGCAAAAUUUUUACAAACACUAAGGUAAAACCUCAGUUCCAGGAGAUUUUAAGACUGUCUGAAGAAAACAUAGAUUCCUCAGCAGGAAAUGGGGUCCUCACUAAAUCUACAGUCCCCAUUUACGCAACAGGAGUCCUCACGUGUUAUAUUCAGGAAGAAGACCGAAAACUGCUAGUUGGAUUCUUAGAAGAUGUAAUGACACUACUCUCAUUAUCUCACGCUCCUCUUGAUAGCCUGAAAGCUUCUUUUGUGGAACUGGGUGCAAAUCCGGCCUACCAUGAGUUACUGCUAACUGUUCUGUGGUAUGGUGUUGUCCAUACUUCAGCACUUGUGAGAUGCACUGCUGCUAGAAUGUUUGAGCUGACUCUUCGAGGCAUGAGGGAAGCAUUAGUUGACAAGCGGGUUGCUCCGGCCCUUGUUACCUUGUCCAGUGAUCCUGAAUUCUCUGUCAGGAUUGCAACAAUUCCUGCCUUUGGCACUAUUAUGGAAACAGUAAUCCAAAGAGAGUUGCUAGAAAGAGUGAAGAUGCAGCUGGCUUCUUUCUUGGAAGAUCCUCAGUAUCAAGACCAGCACUCUCUGCACACAGAGAUCAUAAAAACAUUUGGUAGAGUUGGACCUAACGCAGAACCCCGGUUCCGAGAUGAGUUUGUUAUACCACAUUUGCAUAAGUUAGCCUUAGUGAACAACUUACAAAUUGUGGAUUCUAAAAGACUGGAUAUUGCUACCCAUCUGUUUGAAGCCUACAGUGCACUUUCCUGUUGUUUCAUUUCAGAAGAUUUAAUGGUAAAUCACUUUUUACCUGGCCUCAGGUGUUUACGGACUGACAUGGAACAGCUCUCUCCAGAGCAUGAGGUUAUUUUAAGUUCCAUGAUAAAAGAAUGUGAACAAAAAGUAGAAAACAAGACUGUCCAAGAGCCUCAAGGCUCAAUGUCGAUUGCUGCCAGCUUAGUAAGUGAAGACACCAAGACCAAGUUUUUGAACAAAAUGGGCCAGUUGACAACAUCAGGUGCCAUGCUGGCCAACGUGUUUCAGAGAAAGAAGUAGAAGCAGAAAAGAAGCCCCCGAUGAGCACUAAGAUGGACCUCAAGCAGACCAGUUCCUUGUACUUGAAGUACUUGCCUUUUUUAUUUCUCAGUUUUAUGUUCUUGCAUUAUAAUUUUUAUCCUAACCUCCAAAGAUAUUUGCACUGCUUUUGAUUAUUGCUGUAUUAUCUGUUGAUUUGGGGAUUACAACUGUGGUAAUAGAAGAUAGAUUUGGUGGUCUGUACCAAGUCCCUCUUCUAUGUUCUUAUAUUUGAAAAUUGUUUUAUGUAUAUAUAUGUGUAUGUACAUAUAUAUGCGCAUAUAUAUAGAAGGGUUUUGGAGUCUUUUUGUCUUUUAUUUUUGGGUGGGAUAUUAGCAAAUAUCUAUUAUACUCUAAGCUGUUACAAUGGUACUUAAAAUAAUGUAAAUUUAAAGUAAUAAAAGUGGAGAUUACUUAAGUAUUUAAAUUAUGGAAGAAUAAUGUCGACUUUUUAUUGUUUCUUAACUGACUAGAAAGAGCCACCAGCAUUACUCUGUGCCUUUUGGACUUGAGUUUGUGAGUUCUGUAGGGAUUCCGUGCAUUCCAUUCACACAGUAUUUCCAUAGGCUGCUGUGAUGAACUUGAAUUACAACUCCUACAGUAAUUAGAUAAUGAACCGUCCAACAUUUCCGGGCUCUCAUGAAUAUUCUUUAAGUGCUAUUUAAACCUCCCUAACACUUAUAUGCACAUGAUGGACUUAGCUGAAGAAAGACAGCAGUUAAGCGAAUUCUAGUAGAUUCGAUUGCUCAGAAAUAAAUGUGUGUUUUUCCCCAAAUUGAAAUGCAGAAGACAAUGUGGUUUAACUCUAAAAUUUAACACUUAUGCAAAACAUUUUCCUUAAGAUGUUUUCUGGUGAUUUUAAUUUUAUAGGUUACUUUUUCAUCCUAUGUGUUAGAGAAGUACUGAGAAGUCAAGGACUUCAGGGGACUGAUUUUUGCCCUCUGAACUGAAAGUGACAUUAACUAAAUUAUUAUUGGUUAGUUGCCACCUUAUCCCUUAAAGUCAGUGACUAUUCUUGUGUUUGGUAUAUUUCUGUAGCCAAAAGUUAAUGGACAGUUCCCGUGGGAUUUGACAGCUUUCUGUACAGUAAUGCAACUUAAAGUAGAAAGGAGUGCUGGAAAUAGGGGUGCUUCGUUUGAGGGAUUCAUGUGAGGCCUUUUUGAAAAAUGAAUAUUUUGAUAAAGAGAAUUCUCAUUUGAGCACAGAUGAUACAUACAGGUGAUUCUCCUAUUUGUUGUAUAAACUGGUUUAGUACAUUUGGAGUAGAGUUGGAUUACAUUCACUUCCUGGGAGAGCUAGCUUACCAUACAUUCGAGCUUAGAAAAUGAUUUGCCAUAGGCAAAGCCAUUUUAAAAGCUUAUUCUGAAACUUCUUUCUUUUACCUACCGUGAAAUGAUUGUUGACUAACUAGUCUUUCUGAAAACUGUUGGGAUUCUAGGCAUUCCUGAGAAGUAGAAAGUGGCUACCUUUCAUGUCAAAAAUGUUGAUCUAUUAUAAAUAAAAUGUUUUUGCAUACUUG